GUGCUGUGUCCUUCGGACACAGCAGAUCACCGAUCAACGGAAAGAAAGAGCCGAAGAUGUCAGCUCAGUCAUGUGAUCAGCUGUGUCCAAUCACAGCUGAUCACAUGGGACAUGUACACUGAUCAUCAGGGCACUGAUGAUCAGUGUGCCCUGAUGAUCUGUGUAGCCCCAGCAGUGCCACCUGUUAGUGUCCAUCAGUGCCAGCUGUCAGUGCUCAUCCAUGCCACCUGCCAGUGCCCAUCAGUGCCACAUCAAUGUCACAUAUCAGUGCCCAUCUGAGCUGCCUUUCAGUGUCACCCAUCAGUGCCACCUAUCAGUGCUGCCAAUCAGUGCCGCCUAUCAGAGCCCAUCAGUGCUACCAAUCAGUGCCGCCUAACAGUG